UGUCGCCGCUGGUCUGUACACGCGGCGUGGAGUCCCCCCCCGGGCCCUGCGUCUGAGGCGCCGGAGCGGGGACCCCCAUCGGCCGCAGGGGCACCCUUCCGCGGGCGCCCACGGGGCUCUCAGAGCGAGGGGGCGAGAAGCGGGAGCAGCGGGAGGACCGCGAGGAGGAGGCGGAGCAGGAGGCGGAGGCGGAGGCGGAGGAGGAGGAGGGAAGGGGGAACCGCCCCCCCUCGCUGAGCACACGAGCAAAAAAAAACGAUGGCGCGGCGCAGGGCCGCCGAGGGCGAGAGCCCUCCCCGCGACGGGCGCCGCGGGGCUGCAAAGGCCCCCCCCCCCACGCGCGGCCCCGCGCCAGUUCAGCGCCCGACAUCGGGGGCGCAGCGCCCCGGGCUGACCAGCCUCGAUCCGAUCCCUGCCCCAAAGGAUGGGCGGCGACCAAGCCGAGGGGAUCCUCGAGGUCGGCGUCGAGAUCUCCCUCACCAAAAUAUGUAAACAGGCACCCUCCGAUGAAUUCUGGAUGUUCCAAGCUGGUAACCUUCGAUUCCCCCUCCCCCGCGGGCGCCCUGUACACCGCCCGCGCAGGGAGGAGAGCCCGACCGGCCGGCCGCGGCGUCCCGGCCCCGCUCGAGCCCCGCCAUCCCCCUCGAUCCUGGAUGUAUCCUCCUCGGUCGUCGAGCCUGCACGGCCCCCCACCACUCUGCCCCCGGCCCUGCACAGAGCCCACGCCUCGCCUUGGAGACCCUCCUCAAGAGGCCCCCGGGCCGGCGCGGCCUGGCCUCCGGCGCGGCAGCCGCUGGCGGCCAGCGACACCCCGCGCCUCGCGAGAGCGCGCUCCUGCUCACAGCCAGAUGCUGAAGAAGUCCUCCUCGGCCGCCAGGCCGCCGGCCCUCGCCGGCGCGACGCGCGCGGGCUCGGGCGCCGGCUUGCCGUCCUGCAGGAGGCACCGGUCCAGGAACGCGUCCAGGCCCGCCGCGGCGACGGCGGCAGGCGGGGCCUGUCCGGCCGCACACGGUGCCGGGUGCGGCGGCGCUGGGGCCGCCGCGGGCGCCGCGGCAGCCGGCCCCUGGCCGUACUUGAACUCGCAGGCCUUGACGCGCUCCUCCUUGGAGGCGGACUCGGGCAGGGGCCUGUGGCGGUGCCCGUACAGCUCCUCCGCGCGUGCGUUGCCCGUCUCCCGCAUGCGCGCGAUCUCGUCGGGGCCCCAGAGGUAGGUGCCGCUGCAGCCCUUCACCUUGGAGAUGUGGGUGCCCACUGCCCGGUGCACGUCGGAGCAUCGCACGCAGAGGAACACGCCCAGGCUGACGCUCGCCCAGCAUGUGUCUGCGGCGGCGCACUCUGCACACCGCGAGUUUUUAUCCAGCUUCCGCAGGGCCUUCAGCACCUGGUGGUGCUCCUGGUCGAGGCUCUCGAUCACGUGUUUGGCGUACUCUUUCCCCAACUUGCUAGUCCACAUCUGAGUCGACGCCAUGGCUGGUGCGGGUGGGACGAGGGGGAUGCUUAAUCGAGCGCUGGGGCGGCGGCUUGAACGUCGUAGCCAAAAGUUAU